AGUAGACAUAUAAAAGUGCAGUAGAUAUUCUUUGGGGAUUUCACAGUUGAUAGGAGCCCACUAUUAGGUGCUUUAUUAGCAUGGGAAACAUAUGAAAUAAACAAUCACAAACCACUCUCCCUCUCAUCAGUCUAAUAUCCCAGUCAUGGAGGAGGGAUACAGAAUUGACCUGGACUACAUCACGGAGCGCAUCAUCACCGUAUCCUUCCCCCAGGCAUGCCCAGACCAGACCUACCUCCAGAACCUGCAUGACAUCACACAAAUGCUCAAAUCCAAACAUGGCCACAACUACAUGGUGAUCAACCUCUCAGAGAAGAAUGAUAGCCUGACCCAGAUGAACCCCAAGGUGUUGGACACGGGCUGGAUAGACCUACUGGCCCCGUCCAUGGAACAGAUGUAUGGUGUGUGUAAGAUCAUGGAUAACUGGCUCCACUCACACACACAGCAUGUUCUGGUCAUGCACUGUCAGGGUGGUCAAGGCAGAGUCGGGGUGAUGGUGGCCUCCUACAUCCACUUCAGCAGCAUAUCAGCCAGUGCAGACCUGGGUCUAGACCACUUUGCCAUGAGAAGGUUCUACAACAACAGAGUAUCUUCCCUGAUGAAUCCCUCGCAGAAACGGUAUGUGUGGAUGUUCAGCAGUCUGCUGAGGGGAGUUAUGAACAUGGAUCCCUCUCCUCUCUUCCUCCUUUGUGUGGUUCUUCACGGCGUGCCCAACAUCAAUUCUGAGGGAGGAUGUCGUCUGUUCCUGAGAGUGUACCAGAGCCUGCAGCUCGUCUGUACUUCAGCAGUCUAUCACGUGCGAGCAGUCCAGACAGACAAGGUUUACUUUGUACUGCAACCAGCUCAACUGCUGAAGGGAGACAUAAUGGUGGUGUGUUAUAAUAAAAACCACCAGACAGCCAGCCGAGAGGUCAUCUUCAGGCUCCAGUUUCACACUGGCAUUAUCCACGGUCGCCCCCUGCUUUUCCCCAAGGAAGACCUUGACACAGCUUAUAUAGAUCCCAGGUUUCCAGACGAUGGGAAAGUUGAGUUGGUGUUCUCUGAAAGUCCUGAGAAGAUGCCAGAAAGGGGCAGUAUUCAGCACACUGCAGAGACUGGCAGUGGUCACUGGCAAAACGGACCCUCUGUCAUCGUGGACUACGAUUCCUGGGACCCCCUGGUUCGACGGGACUCCUAUGAGUACAUCUCUCCAGAAGGACUAGCUCUUCCUCGUAGCCCGGGCCCUGUUGAUGGCAACCUAUCCGCCAGAGUAAGGAAGGGAAGUAGUGACGAAGGAGCUCCAUUUCACCUGGCAACCAGCUGCCCUAUCCCCAGUGACCUUAAACUGUCAGCCAGCAAAGACUCAGGCCUCUCUAUCGCCUCCCAGAGGACCGGAGGUAUUACUGCAGUGAGCCCCAAGAGAGGGCCCAGUCAGGACGAACUUACCCAGCUCAGGCGGCUUCUAUCUGGGGUCGGCCUGGAACCUCAUCUGGAGGACAUAACUGACCUCCCAGCCUCCUGUAACGCAGCGAGGGAGAUGGAGGGGGAUGAAGCUGGGUUAGGGCAGCCUGUGAAGGCCUCUCUUAGCGAGAGGGAGUCAGACAUCCUUUAUGAUGACGAGGUUAGCCCCGAGGCUAGCAUUGGCUCGUUCUCCUCUGAGAGCAUACCUGAAGCCCAGGGAUUGGUCCAGAGUGGAAGUGGAUACUUCACCCCCUCCACCCAAUCAUGGGUGCAGCAGCAGCAGAUAGUCGUCAGGGGGCAGGACAGCCCUGUGGAUACACUUUCUCUGAUUGGUCCAAACACCUUGUCACUUCCAGACAUGCCCAAUGGGGGGAGCAGCAGCAGAGAGUCAGUGAAGAGAGGAGUGGAGGGAGGGGUGGGGUCGCCUGUACAGACAGACAGUCACACACACGCCUCACACACCACCCAUACACCGUUGCCCUCAGGGGAACCUUGCGGGCAGGAGGAGCUUGCCUCGUUAGCCACAGACAUUGAUGAGUCCAUCGAGCAGCUUAACCAGCUGAUCCUAGAUCUGGACCCCACCUUCAUACCUGUUCCCACCCGACACACCCCCCUCCCCCUUGUUCUCUCCACCUCCCUCUACACCAAUGGUAACAACCAUACGACAACACAUGCCAACGCCAGCCAAUCAGGCUGGAAGCACAGACAGGACAGUGAUGUCACUGAUUACCCAGGAUUCUACAGUCCUGGUUGGGGCGGAGCCCAGACAUUCCAGAACUCUCCGAUCAACAGGCCCAACCUAUCUCCCUCCCAGUGUGGUCGUCUCUCCAGGGUGGACAGUGUGGACUAUGAAGGACAGACUCCAGUAACGGACAGCUGUGACAUAGUCCCGUCCACACCAGCAUUUCCUAUCUCUCCUCCAACGCCCUAUGUGAAAAGUUUCCCAGUAUUCUCUUACUUGAGGCAUGGAGAAGGACAUUGGGAGAAGAGCGGAAUAUCACAAGAUUCCCAGAGUUUCCUGGACAGUAGUAUGAACCAGACUCCAGUGUUGUCGGAAGGACAGCAGUUCCGCUCUGAAAUGUCUGUUACUACCGCCUCCUGUCAGAGAAUGGGAUCCAUGCGCUCUGUAUCGUCAGGCAGCUCAUUCCCACACACAGACAGCCAAACUCCACCUCCAGUGUGGCUGGACAGGACUCCUACGUCCCUGUCUUCCCCGUCCCCUUCCCCCUCUCUGUCACCCCUCAGCCUCCCAAAUGCCCACAGCUCUCCCUGGGAGGCCCCGAGGGGCCUGGACGGGUCUGUGGACCUGAGCAAGGGGUACCAGAGCCAGGGGGAUUUAGCCUCUCUGCUGCUGGGGAAUGGAGGUCUGGGACUGGAGCACAGCCUGUUGAAGGCAGUGGAGGGGCUGGGGGGCCUUGAUUUAGGCCUGAACCUGGGUCUGGACCUGGGGCUUGGAGAGGGCAGACUGGGGGGACUACCACCCCUGCUGCCUGAGAAGAGGGUACCGGGGAUAGGCUUGGGUGGGUCGACGUCCCCCUCGUUCAGUGGGUUCUCCAGCCCACACAGUGGUAGUAGUCUCAGCAUCCCCUUCCCCUCAGCUAUGACCCCUGACCCUCUCAUGACCUCUGACCAUCUCAAAGGACUCAGCGCUGGUGGUGUAGCCCCCUCGCCUGGAUCAGACCUGUUUGCCAGUAAGCAGCACACUGUGAAGUUUGUUCAAGACACAUCCAAGUUCUGGUACAAGCCUGACAUCUCCAGAGAUCAAGCUAUCACUAUGCUGAAGGACAGAGAACCUGGAUCUUUUGUCGUCAGAGACAGUCACUCGUUCCGCGGAGCCUACGGAUUGGCUAUGAAGGUGGCCACACCCCCUCCCUCUGUCCUGACACAGAAUAAGAAAGUGGGAGGAGACCUGUCUAAUGAGCUGGUGAGGCACUUCCUGAUUGAGUGCACUCAGAAAGGGGUACGGCUUAAGGGCUGUCCCAACGAACCCUACUUUGGAAGUCUGACUGCAUUGGUCUGUCAACAUUCUAUCACCCCCUUGGCCCUGCCCUGCAAACUCAUCAUCCCCGACAGAGAUCCUCUGGAAGAGACUAGUGAGCCAUCAACACAGUCAGCCACCAACUCUGCUGCUGAGCUACUCAAACAGGGAGCAGCCUGUAAUGUGUGGUUCCUGGGCUCAGUAGAGCUGGAGUCUCUAACAGGGUACCAGGCUGUGCAGAAGGCAGCCAGCCUGAUUCUGGCCAUGGACCCUCCUUCUACCUCCACUGUGGUCCACUUCAAAGUCUCAGCCCAGGGCAUCACCCUCACCGACAACCAGAGGAAGCUGUUCUUCAGGAGACACUACACUGUCAAUACAGUCAUAUUCUGUGCUCUUGACCCACAGGAACGCAAGUGGACAAGAGAUGGCUGUUCCUCUGCUAAGAUCUUUGGUUUUGUGGCGAGGAAGUCGAUGAAUGGGACGGAGAACGUGUGUCACCUGUUUGCUGAACACGACCCCGAACAACCCGCCAGCGCCAUCGUAAACUUUGUCUCCAAGGUGAUGAUUGGCUCACCGAAGAAAUAACACAUGCAUAAAUACACACACACACACACACACACACACACACACACACACACACACACACACACACACACACACACACACACACACACACACACACACACACACACACACACACACACACACACACACACACACACACACACACACACACACACACACACACACACAUACAUUGUUUGUCCUGCUGGUACAUACAGCACUCGAAUGCUGAUGUGGAAGAGAAGGGACUAAUGUGUUGCAUUAUGGGAUACUACCUGCAGAAGACAGUAGCAACAACUUUACGCUACACACCAGGGGCCUCAUUUAUUGACAUUGCAUAUACACAAAAUUUGCCCCAAAAUCUGCAUGCACCAGUUUUCAACAAAAGUUAUCAUUUAUAAAAACUUGAUGUGAGAAUGUGAUCACCUCCCCGCAAACUUUAGAACAUGCACAUCUGCUAGUGGUUGAAAUAUUGUAUUACAAGCUGGAAAGUAAGGAGUUUGUAACGGUCUGUUGACAGGUUCACAGCAAUUUGCUAGUGUUUUCUCUUUCAGAAACGGACUGACAGUCCUUUUCCAGAUACACCAUAAAUUACAGCAAAAGAUUAAAACAUCAUGCCAACACAGCAAAUAGACUGGUAGUUUAUGUAAAUGGGUAUAUGGGUUUAGGUUACUGUAUUGCUGUGCGACAGGAGCGCGACAUCAUUGCGUAUUUAAUCUCAGAGCCUAUACCAAGGCAGGACAUAGAAACACAAUAAUCUAUUGAUAAACUAAAUAUUGAGCAACAAUUAUUGUUUUGCAUUCUGUGGCCUAAUGCCAAUCGUUCCAAAUUAUACCUUAACUAAUGGGUGUUAUGGUCACCCUAAAGGGUGGAUGGAGGGCGUUUUUCAGGCAGUUUUAAUACUCGUUCACACACAGUUGUAAAACUGUGCCUGCGCCAAAUUGAUAAAUGUCAAUAUUUCUGUACAUGUAUUUCCAAUACUUUUCAGAAAUGGGUCACGCAGACAUCUAGUGUGAAUGUAUGCAAUGGUUAUACAUGAGGCCCCAGAGGUGUACUGUAGGGUGAUGUUGCCCCCUAGACACUGAUCUUGGGUCAGUUUAGCAUUUCCCCCACUAAUGGUUAGGAUUGGGGGAAGGGAAAUCUGAUCUGAUCCUUUAUCUGUUACUAGGAUAAGCUUUACCCUGAAGCACAUUGAGGACUUUAAAAAUUACUUUAUUAAUAUGACUUUUUGUUAUCAGAGGAGGCUGAUGGGCAGAGAUCAUUGUAAUGGCUGGAAUUGACAGGUAAUCAAACACAUGGUUUCAUUACAAUGAGCCCGUCCUCCUUUAUCUCCGCCCAACAGCCACCACUGCUGUUUGUGUAUAUAUAGUCAGGAUGUCAUUGUAAAGGGAGGUAAUCUUUCAUAUAUGACAUGUAUUUUUAAUUCAGACAUGUUUUUAACAAAUGUAUUUGCUGAAAUGUAAUCUAUAUGAUAUUGUCCCUCAAAUCACACAGCAUUACUAGUCUGUCGCUACCCGCCAUGCAGAGUAAAAGGCUCUCAACAAA